UUCCGCCUGGUGCAGGACACCAAGCACCUGCCGCGGGGGCAGAUGCAGCUGCUGCUCACACAGCCCGUGGAGAACUUUGGGAACCGAGGGGACGUGGUGACUGUGGACAAGAGAGUAGGGAGGAACAAGCUCCUUCCCCAGGGACUGGCUGUGUAUGCAUCCCCAGAGAACCUCCGCAGGUUUGAGGAGGAGAAGCUGCAGCAGGAAGGGAAGGUGGAAGUGCGCCAAACCCAGAGUGGGGAGAAGACCCUGAAAUUCCUGCGGAGCUGUCGGCUCGAGGUGGGAAUGAAGAACAACGUCAAGUGGGAGCUCAACAACGAGAUCGUGGCUCGGCACUUCUUCAAGAACCUCGGCGUGUCCGUGCCGCCGCACGCGCUGAGGCUGCCCGAGGAGCCCAUCACACGCUGGGGGCAGUACUGGUGUGAUGUCACGGUGA